CAACCAUUCAUAGAGUCUGCAGAAGAAGAAAAUCUGGGUGCUGACAGCAGAGCUGAGAGCAAAACAGAUUAUUAUUGCUGAAUUAUCCUCAGUCCCGCUGUCUUGAAUAUUUUAUUAUAUAUAUAUCUUAUAUUUAUUCCUAGCCAUGGAGUUGUCGGAAAUACUGUACAAUAAAGCAGAGUACAUUGAGACGGCCUCUGGCAACAAAGUGAGCAGACAGUCAGUGCUGUGUGGGAGUCAAAACAUCGUACUCAAUGGCAAAACUAUUGUCAUGAAUGACUGCAUCAUCAGAGGAGACCUGGCUAAUGUCAGGGUGGGCAGACACUGUGUGGUGAAGAGCCGGAGCGUCAUUCGACCACCUUUCAAAAAGUUUAGCAAAGGAGUGGCGUUUUUCCCGCUGCACAUCGGAGACCACGUCUUCAUCGAGGAGGACUGCGUGGUCAACGCAGCACAGAUUGGUUCCUACGUCCACAUUGGCAAGAACUGUGUCAUAGGUCGUCGCUGUGUGCUGAAGGACUGCUGCAAGAUCUUAGACAACACCGUGCUCCCUCCUGAGACCGUGGUGCCGCCUUUUACGGUCUUCUCUGGAUGCCCAGGUCUGUUUUCAGGAGAGCUCCCAGAGUGCACGCAGGACCUGAUGAUUGAUGUAACCAAGAGUUACUACCAGAAGUUCUUGCCUCUCAGCCAGAUCUGAGUCCUGCCCCCAAAACCGUCAGCAGGAUCCACACCCUUUCCAACCAGUUCCAGGUCAGGGUUGGGGUCGCUCAUCAGAAGUGGACUCUGAGAGCUCACCUUCUAUCCUUCACUUCCCAGAGACCCUGAGUUUCUCAGCCCAAGGACAAACAUUUGGUCCUAUUACGAACCCUUAUAUGAUUCUAGUUUUUGAGUAUGAGAAAAGCACAUAAGGAAUCAAAUGUGAUAUAGCUGCAGAAGGCACUUUUGUAUGUCUGCAGCUCCAAAUUGCAAUGAAAGUCUUUACUAAACUGCAAACAGAAUGAUCAUGUUUACCAUCCCAGCCGAUCUGAGAUGCCUUCUAGGGGCACGGAUAAAAACCGUCAAUCUACAGGUGUUAAGUUUUAGAUAUUUCUUUCUGAUGAACCUAAUCAAGUAUGUUCAUGUAGUGUGAUGAUUUAUCCUGGUCAGUGUGCUGUGGAGAAACUCAAGUACCUCUGUGUGGCUGCUGCAAGUACUCUCUGACAGCAGCUGUAGGUGAAGAUGAGAAAGUGAAGGAGCUAUGAAAGGAAGGUGAAGGGUGGAGCUGUGUAAACAGCAUGGACCAAAACAAUAGCAACAACAGUUGUGAUUAAGGAUGUUGCUUGUAUAUGUUUGUUAUUCAUGUCCAUAUUUCAUUUGGGGAAGCGGAGCAGCACACUCCUAUCAGCAAAUUGUGAAAGGUAUUCUGUUGUUUUAAUCUCUGUCAUUUUAUUUCUAAUGUUAAAGAACCCGUUUGCUUUCUCCUUAACUUAAUUUCAUUAUGUUUCAAAUUAUCAAACUGCAAUGUUAAUUUGAAUAUGUUACAGUUUUUUCCGAUUGCUAAACGACAGUGGGCACAACUGGAGUCACAUGUGCAAAACUCAAACUACAGUCUGCACUACCUACAGUCACCUGAGCU